AUGACCACCCUCCACAUCGGAACCCUGGUCUUCGACUACCAAGCCAUCGACAUCAUCGGCCCAUGCGACCUACUCAACUCGGCAACUAAAAGAUUAAUGAACGUGAUCAACUACUACACCCCAGUCAACCAGGAGACUGUUUCUAAAGCCCCUGAGAUCAUCUUCCACCAUAUCGGCGAGACCCUCGACCCAGUGACCCUGCUCACGAGCAGCGUAACUGUCGUCCCGACCGUCACCGUUGACAAUGUCCCACCGCUCGAUAUCCUGAUUGUCGGCGGGGACAGUCCCGCGUAUCCCAAUCUCCCACCAAAACUCCAGGAGCUCAUCCGGAGACAUGUCGCGAGUGGAAAACUCCUCUUCACGACCUGCACCGGCGCAGCCCUCGCUGCGGCUACGGGUGUGCUCGACGGCAAAAACGCAACAGUGAAUAAUCUUGAGUAUGAAUGGAUCAUCAGAGAGUACCCAAAGGUGAAGUGGACUAAGGCGAAGAAGUGGAUUAUCGACGGAAACAUCUGGACAGGUAGCGGGGCGGUUGCGGGAAUGGAUAUGGUCGCCCACUGGGUCAAGAAGAAUUAUGGGUUGGAAGUCCUGACCCAGGCUUGUUUGAACUUGGAUUUUGAGCCGAGGGAUCAGGAUGGGCUCUUUACUGUCUUGCCGGAGAGGUUUGAUGAGCAGGGUAAUAAGGUUUCCACGCUUAUAUUUCCUUGA